UGUACAUUCCAGGGAUCAGCAGUUCUCACCCCACAAUCCCCCGCGAUUUGACCUCAUGUUUCCGGUCUCCACUCCCAGCCACCUUGAUGAAUCGUCAGAGCAGCUAUGUCAUGUCUGAGGCGUAUUUGAACCCGCCUAUCCUUUUCUCUCUGUCUCUCUCUCUCUCUCUCUGAAACCAGUUAACAAUGUACUACGCUAGAAAUUAUCAUAUAUACAUAUGAGUCAAGUCCCUACAUCGAAGAUAGUAAAUCAUAGUACUUUGCGCACAACUUACUAGGCGCGGGCCGAGCCUCCAAUCACCACCUCAUCCCUCGAAUUCAAGAUGUCAACAACAGGGACUGUCAAGCCCAUCACCAUGACGGACCCGGGACCAGUGCCGAUGCCUGUGCAAUACCAGCAGCCGGUAGCGCCCACGCCAUCAUUCCCCGGUCCGCCCUCUUAUGAUCCAAGACUACUCAAUCAGCAGUCGUUCCCUCAGUCCAUCUCUACUCAGACGACCCAUGGUCUCAAAGCAGCACGGACAGCGACCGAGUACUCCCUGCGCGAAUUCGUGAUGUUGCAGCAACGGCGGCGCUAUGACGACCCGGCGGCAGAGAAUCGUCUACGCAUGCAGAAAGACGUAGCGCUAGCUGACCUGAAAACGCUUAGAAAUGAGGUCGCCACACUGCUGAAGGCAAGUGAGUCGCAUCGCUGGGGGCGUUGGGCAUUGGGUGGAUUCUUUGCAAUCCUCAUCCCGGCAGUCCGUAAAAUCUUUCGGAGACCGUCGGAUGAUAAUGAGACUUCCAAUGAUACGGAGUACGCCUUUCGGCGGAGCAAAACACUAAUCUCCCGCACUUGGACCCUGAUAAAGAACAACGGCGCGCUUGCUUCUGUGGCAAUGUUCGCGCUCUCGGUACUGUACGUUUUCCAGGCGGAAGUGUCACUGCGCGUUGCGAGGACAGUUUCAAAGCGAUUAAAAAGGCUUAUCCAAAGAAUUGAGAUUGGGAACGAGGCUUUGGAUGAAAGGGAUAUGGAUCUCUUCAAAGGGUGGCGGUGGAGAGUCUUAAUGUGGAAAAGUUGAAAACCAUAUAGUCCAACGUGGAGUUCCUUUGGUGAUGAUGAACGGCGUGUGUGACAGGCUGGUUUAUUGUAAACCUCAAAAACAGGCCUAUAUCGU